AUGCUCACACCGGCGUUCGACCUCAGCCAGGACCCCGACUUCCUCACCGUCGCCAUCCGCGUGCCCCACGCCCGUGUCUCCGAGUUCGAGGUCUACUUCCAGGGCGCCGACUUCAGGUUCUACGCCCGGCCGUACUUCCUCAGAUUAACUCUUCCUGGGAGAAUCAUAGAAAAUGGAAGUGAAAAAGGGUCCUAUGAUGCAGAUAAAGGAAUUUUUACCGUUCGGUUACCCAAAGAAACUCCUGGUCAGCAUUUUGAGGGGCUGAACAUGUUAACUGUGCUUCUGGCACCAAGAAAAUCCAGGACUGCAAAACCACUGGUGGAGGAAAUAGGUGCUUCUGAGGUUUCUGAGGAAGGAGUAGAAGAUGAUGAUGAAGACUUUGACUGGGAAAUUGAACAGUCCCCCUAUGAAGAGGUGCCAGAAAGUGUUCUGUACCCCCAUGGCCACUAUGGAUUUGGAGGCCUGCGAUCAGGAGUAUUUCAGCGGUUACAGGAUGAAUUCAGUGAUGUCAUCGAUAUUAAGGAUCCAGAUUUUACUCCUGCAGCUGAACGCAGACAGAAACGCCUGGCUGCUGAGCUGGCCAGAUUUGAUCCUGAUCAUUAUCUAGCCGACUUUUUUGAAGAUGAGGCAGUUGAACAGGCUUUGCAGUAUAACCCUUGGUGGACUGAUACGUAUUCAGAGAUGAUGGCCUUUAUGGGAAAGAAUCAGGAGCAAGAAAAUCAUGCUGCUUUAGUAUCUUUCUCUGAAGAAGAGAAAUAUCAGCUGCGAAAAUUUGUCCAUAAGUCUUAUCUGCUGGACAAAAGAGCCCAACGUCAAGUGUACUACAGUCUGAUUGAUAUCCUUCUGGCCUAUUGCUAUGACACUCGUGUCAAUGAAGGAGAGAAGAACGUUGAAUCUGCGUGGAAUAUCAGAAAACUGAGUCCAACACUGUGCUGGUUUGAGACUUGGACUAAUGUUCAUGACAUCCUGGUGUCUUUUGGAAGAAGAGUUUUGUGCUACCCACUUUACCGCCAUUUCAAGCUGGUGACAAAAGCCUGCAGAGACACUAUAAAGAUACUGCAACUAGGUAAAAGUGCAGUUUUAAAGUGUCUACUGGAUAUUCACAAAAUUUUUCAGGAAAGUGACCCAGCUUACAUUCUAAACGAUCUCUAUAUCUCAGACUACUGUGUAUGGAUUCAGAAAGCCAAGUCCGCCAGGCUGGCAGCCCUGGCAGAAGCCUUGAAGGAAGCGCCCCUGACCAAGGCGCAGCUGGGCCUGGAAGUGAAUGAGCUGGAGGCGGCCGCCCUUCUGGUCCGCGAGGAAGAGGCCGCCCGCCCUGCCUCGCCGGCCCCCGGCUCCGAGGCCUCCGACGGCUCCGAGGCCUCUGACGGCUCCGAGGCCUCCGACGGCUCCGAGGCCCCCGACGGCUCCGAGGCCUCCGACGGCUCCGAGGCCCCCGACGGCUCCGAGGCCCCCGACGGCAGUGCCUCCUCAGCCCGGACCACAGACCCAGCCCCCGAGCCAGAGGGGCUGGCAGGCAGGGGAGCCGCUGGCGGAGGGUCCUUACAAGGCCCGGUUCUGGACGAAAGCGGCGCCCUGCGUGCUGAUGGCCACGGGCUGUGCGGCCGCUCUCCCACCCCCCGGGCUGCUGUCCUCCAGGGGGCGCUGCCAGCCUCCGGGCCGGCCCCAGGGAGAGCGGGGCCUCUGAUCCAGGAGCUCGGAGAACGGCUGGAGGCCGCCGUUCGACUCUAG